AAUGUCAGUUUAUUUCACAACAAAUUUGAUACUCGCACCGCGACUGUCUAUUCAACAUUGAAACCAAAGUAAGAAACUAAAUUAAAUAUUUAUUGUUUCAUAAACAAAUGAGUACUUUCUGAAAAAUAUUUGAUUAUUUUCUUGGCAAACGUAUUUACCGUCUAAAAAUCGGACUGCAUUUCAAUAAUUGUCCAAAGUUCAAUUUUCCAGUGUGUGUCGAACAAACGACAGUCCAAUUUUUAUUGUGCAACAUCAAAAACAUUUCAAUAAAUAUACUUGAUUGCUGAAUAACGUCCAAUCGUAGUAAGAAAGAACGCAUUUUGAAAUUCGAAAAAUCAACAUUCCAAACUGCUGUCAAUUUCUGUUCGUAAAGUAGAACUCACAAUAUAUCAAGAGUCAUCACAUUUUACUAUGCAACAUCAUUCUCAUUGCUUCAUUCAUUUUGCUGACGAUAUUUACUGAACGUGAAAAAUUAAUUGGAGCUCAAAGAGUCACCAUUUAUGUUCCAGAAAACGUUUGCUAGGCAACAAAGUGGGCAAUAAAUAAAACGGAAUCCAAUUUGAUCGAGUUGAAACGUUAACAUUCGUAUGAUUGGGACAAUGGGACAAUAAUUUCGGAAUAUGUUUGCUUUGAGAAUAUAUGAUCAUUUUUUAUAGAAAAAAUUAUAAUUCUCUACAAUACAAUAUAUGUAUGCUAUUGACUCCAAAACAAAUGAAUGAGAAAACAACAAAAUAUUUAAAAAUAUUUGAAAAAUUGUGAUCAACUUCAGUCUAUUGACAAAAGCUCCAAAGUCGAAAUGCCAUCCUAGUAUUAUUUUACAACAACUCGUUCAUACGUUCAUAAACGUCAUUUGUAUACAAAAAUACAAUAAAAUACUAAGUUCCAUUUACUGGCAUAGGUUUUCUUCACAAAUCUCGCCUUUUCUUCUAGACAAUCGAAUUGAAUCUCAAUAAUUGUUGUACAACUCAAAAAUCAAGGCCAAUCACAAGUGUAACUCUUGAUUUCUAUUGCGAAAUAGCACUCACAUUGCAUAAUUGGAAGUUACAUAUUGCUGAUACUGAAUCAAUAGAAGCCAAGCUCAAACAAGUCAUCGUCAAAAUGAAUACACGGAAGUUAGCUGAUGAGAAUGGGCCAAAAUCCAAAGCGAAAAAGUUGGACGAUCAACAGAAUGCUUCUGCUGUUGAUUGCACCAUCGAAGAGCUCACACCAUCUAUUUUCAAGCUGGUCGAUGAUUGCUGCUAUUCAAUUUUCGAUUGGCUCACAUUGAAAGACCUACGCUCAUUUGGUCAAACAUGCAAAUGGGCACAACGAGUUGCGGCAAAUUUCUUCAAAAUGAACUAUUCGUUAAUACAGUUAAACAACAAGCCUGACGUCUUUGAUCUCGAAAAUGUACAAAAAUUAUACAUAAAUAGCCAUCGCUUUGAACCUUAUCAGACGAUUGAACGGCAUUGCAAUCAGCCGAUCACGGAAAUUCUAUUGGGAGCAAUAACAAUAUCCACAGCGAAAGUCAAUUGUCUCAAAAAGGUGUUGCAGACUGUCGAACGUGUGAAAAUUGAAGGUUGUGCAAUCCACGACGAUUUCUACAGGAAUUUUCUCAAAUUAUGUACAAAUUUGAAGGUACUUUGUGUACGCACAGAUCCCUGUGAUUACCUCCACAAUCCCAAUGGCGAUCACAUUUUGAUUGGUGCUGACAAUGGAUGGUUGACUCGAAAGUACCCAACGCUCCAACAUCUUGAAUUAUCACAUCGAAAUGCGCUUAAAAUCGAUCAGCUGAAGGAAUUCUUUGUACAAAAUCCGAACGUUCGCAGCUUCGCCACUAAUUCUACACUUUUUCUUGAGAAUUGGGACUUGUUCAGAAUGACAAACAUAAAAUUGGAUGCACUGGCGGUCCGAUUUGAUAGGAAACAAUUGACGGAAAUUUAUGACAAUUUGAACACUCUUCAUUAUCAUGGUGUUUAUCAACGGUUGCAUUGGUAUGCCGAGCAAGUAUCUGAUGAAAUGACGUCAUUAAAUGGACUGGAAAAAUUGGCGGUCCAGUUUUGGAGUGCCAAGGAAUGUAAUAUUGUGUCAUCACUUUUGGUCAACAUCACAGAAUUAAGUAUCAACCGAAUCUUUGACGAUUCGUGCAUGGAAAUCACAGCUCGUAAUCUCGUGAACCUCGAACGUGUUUAUCUUGGUAAUCCAAAAUUCGAAGCAAUUCUGUCGUUUCUUCGUCAUUCAACGAAAUUGAAGAAGAUGAAGAUUGGUUUUGGCUACAAAUUGUGGAAUUGCAUAAAAUACUCGAAGAAAAUUGUUCUUGAUCUCGCGGCAUGGAACAAGGAGCGUGAAAAAUUAAUUGGAGCACGAAAAGUGACGUGUACUUGGCAACAAAGUGGGCAACCAACAAAACUGACUACAGUUUAAUCGACUUGAAACGCAAGCAUUCUUACGAUUGGAACACAGAUUUUGACUACUAUUCUUUUGUUGCAAAGAUGUAGAUUUAUACAGACACAGGAUUUAUCAUAGCUAUCAAUUUAAGGCUUAUAAAAGAACGAGUUAUUCCAUAAAUUCCAUUAAAGCGAACAAUUAAGUUUUCGAAAGAAAAAUUCAUAUUUCUAACCUAAUAAAUAAACGAAAAAAAUGGUUGUCAACAACA